UUACACUAAUUCCAAAGUUUGUUUUGGUUUUUGGUUAGGUCAUUAGGUGACUUGUUUGUUAGGUUAUGUGUAAAAGUAUGCAGUACUAGAACUAUAACUAGGUUAGCUUUUGCUUGAUUAUUUCACUUUUAACUAAGAUUCCAAUUGUUUGUGAUGCCGUAGUAGGUAGCCUAUCUUUUGAACUUAAAUCAUGGAAGAUUAUCACAACGUGUUUAUUGGUGGAGUUUCUGGUGUUUUUAAAGGCCUCAAAGCAUCUCAUAACAAAGGUGUUCAUAACGUAAAAAAUCUUCAAAAGCUUAAAGAGAUCACACAAAGAAAUGAAGUAACCUUUUUAAACUGGGCUGAUAAACUUGAAAAUGAAAUACUCAUAGGGUAUAGCAACCAGUUGGUCAAAAUAUUUGAUUUAACAUCAAAUACCUUCAUACUGAAUGAACACAAAACCAUUGGAGAGGGACCAAUUCGAGGGAUCUUCAAGGUAAACAGUUCGCUGGUAACUGCAGUCGAGUCAGGAAUAGUGAAGGUUUGGGGUGAAACAGACUCACUUGUGGAAACUGGAGGGCCCAUCAGUCGUAUGAGACAUAGUCCCAAUGAAGACAAUGUUUUUGCCACAGGCGGUAAAGAGAAUGACCUCAAGCUCUGGGAUGUUGAAACUGGCAAAAACACUUUUACAGCAAAAAACGUGCGUCAUGACUGGUUGGAACUCCGAGUGCCAGUGUGGGUCAUGGAUUUAGCGUUUGUGCCAGAAUCUAAGCAAGUUGCUGUAGCCACUAGAUACGGUCAUGUGAGACUGUAUGACCCCUCCACUCCUACUCGCCGACCUGUUUGUCAAGUUGAGGAGAAAGACGUCAGUUUCACCUGUAUAGCUCCUGCACCCCGGCCCAACCAUGUAGUAGUCGGGUGUGCGGCCGGCAACAUGUACCUGGUGGAUCUGAGGGGUAAGGGGCUUCUGCUCAACAAGUUCAGAGGCUUCAUGGGAGGAGUGCGUGCCGUCGCUUGUCCCACUGUUGAACCUUACGUACUCAGCGUUAGUCUGGACAGGCACUUCCGAAUACAUCAUCUCAACACAAAGAAACUGCUUUUUAAGGAAUACAUGCAGUCAAGGUUGUCAGCUCUUCUGAUCAAGUCUAGUUUCACAAUGGAAGACAUCAAAGAAGAAGCUCCAGAGAUAAAAGAAGAAGAUGCGGAAGCUUUUGAGGCAGACGAAGAAUAUGAACAGAUGUUCAAUGAGAUGGAAGUUAUAACGGACAAAGUGGAACCAGUUAUAAAGAAAACAAAGAAAGGAAAAAAGAAAGUUAAAGAAAAUAAUGCAAUUGAUAGUAUAAUAGAAGAUGAAAUAAAAGAAAAAUUGACCUCUCUUCAUAAAGACGAAAUUUUAGAACAAGAAAAUCCAACUAGUAAAAGAUCGAAAUCAGGAAAAGUAAAAUCAAAAAAAUUGAAAAGGUUAAAAGAAGAAGAUGAUGUUAUUGUUUUAGAAUAGUAUAUAGUUAUAAUAAAUAUUUUACCGAUGGAUUACAA